ACACGGCGCCUUCUGCACGGCGGCCGGCCUGGCCCCCGCCCGCGGCCCCGCCGCAGACCCGGCGAUGCGGCGCGGCGCCGCCUGGGCGCUGCUGCUGGCCGCAGCCCUGGGCCUCGGGGCGCGCGGGGCGCGGGGCGCCGUGGCGCUCGCCGACUUCUACCCGUUCGGCGCGGAGCGCGGCGACGCCGCCACCCCUCGGCGGGACGACGGCGGCUCGGGGCUGCAGCCGCUCUCCGCGCCCUUCCCGUUCUUCGGGGCGCAGCACUCGGGACUCUACGUUAACAAUAACGGGAUCAUCUCCUUCCUGAAGGAGGUCUCUCAGUUCACCCCCGUGGCCUUCCCCAUCGCCAAGGACCGCUGCGUGGUGGCCGCCUUCUGGGCAGACGUGGACAACCGGCGAGGGGGCGACGUAUACUACAGGGAGGCCACGGACCCGGCCACACUGCACAGGGCCACGGAGGACGUCCGGCGCUACUUCCCCGAGCUCCCGGAGUUCUCGGCCACCUGGGUCUUCGUGGCCACCUGGUACCGCGUGACCUUCUUUGGAGGAAGCGCCUCCUCUCCCGUGAACACCUUCCAGACGGUGCUCAUCACCGACGGCAAGUUGUCCUUCACCAUCUUCAACUAUGAGUCCAUCACGUGGACCACCGGCACGCACGCCAGCAGCGGGGGCGACGCCAACGGCUUGGGAGGCAUUGCGGCCCAGGCCGGCUUCAACGCAGGCGAUGGGCGGCGCUACUUCAGCAUCCCGGGCUCUCGCACAGCGGACAUGGCCGAGGUGGAGACCACCACCAACGUGGGCGUGCCCGGGCGCUGGGCGUUCAGAAUCGAUGAUGCCCAGGUGCGCGUGGGGGGCUGCGGCCAUACAACCUCCGUGUGCCUCACCCUGCGCCCGUGCCUCAAUGGUGGCAGGUGCAUCGAUGACUGUGUCACGGGAAACCCCUCCUACACCUGCUCCUGCCUCGCAGGCUUCACCGGGCGGAGGUGCCACCUGGAUGUGAACGAGUGUGCUUCCCACCCGUGUCAGAACGGCGGGACCUGCACCCACGGGGUCAACAGCUUCAGCUGCCAGUGCCCGGCUGGCUUCGGGGGGCUCACCUGUGAGACAGCCCGAUCGCCAUGUGAGGAUGCGGAGUGUCAGCACGGGGGACAGUGCCGGGAGGAAGGAGGCUCCGCGGCGUGUGUGUGCCCGGCCGGCUACACGGGCGCCGCCUGCGAGACGGACGUGGACGAAUGCAGUUCCGCCCCAUGCCUGAACGGAGGCUCCUGUGUGGACCUGGCCGGGGGCUACAGCUGUGUGUGCCCAGAGCCCUUCGAGGGACCCCACUGUGAGACAGGAAGCCGCCCGGUGCCUGACGCCUGCCUCUCGGCCCCCUGCCAGAACGGGGGCACCUGCGUGAGUGCGGAGCAGGGCUAUGUGUGCGCGUGUCCCCAGGGCUUCGUGGGGCCGCACUGCAGGGAAGGCACCCCUGAGGACUGUGAGUGUCGCAACGGAGGCCAGUGCCUGGGCGCCAACGCCACCCUCUGCCAGUGCCCCCCGGGGUUCUUCGGGCUCCUCUGUGAGUUUGAAGUCACAGCCACGCCCUGCAACGUGAACACCCAGUGCCCGGACGGCGGCUACUGCAUGGAGUACGGCGGCACCUACCUCUGUGUCUGCCACACCGACCACAACGUCAGCCACCCCCUGCCGUCCCCCUGCGACUCGGACCCCUGCUUCAACGGAGGCUCCUGCCACGCCCACGAGGACUCCUACACGUGCGAGUGCCCGCGAGGGUUCCACGGCCGCCACUGCGAGAAAGCCCGGCCACACCUGUGCAGCUCGGGGCCCUGCCGGAAUGGGGGCACGUGCAAGGAGGCAGGCGGCCAGUACCAGUGCAGCUGCCCCUACCGCUUCACCGGGAGGCACUGUGAGAUCGGGAAGCCAGACUCGUGCGCCUCUGGCCCGUGUCACAACGGUGGCACCUGCUUCCACUACAUCGGCAAAUACAAGUGCGACUGUCCCCCAGGCUUCUCCGGGAGGCACUGUGAGAUAGCCCCCUCCCCCUGCUUCCGGAGCCCAUGUGUGAACGGGGGCACCUGCAGGGACCUGGGCACAGACUUCUCCUGCCACUGCCAGCCAGGGUACACGGGGCGCCGGUGCCAGGCGGAGGUGGACUGCGGCCCCCCCGACGAGGUGAAGCACGCGACCCUGCGUCUCAACGGCACCAGGCUGGGCUCGGUGGCCUUGUACACCUGUGACCGCGGCUACAGUCUGAGCGCCCCCAGCCUCACCCGCGUCUGCCAGCCGCAAGGUGUCUGGAGUGAGCCUCCCCAGUGCCUCGAAAUCGACGAGUGCCAGUCCCAGCCGUGCCUGCACGGGGGCUCCUGCCAGGACCGCAUCGCCGGCUACCUGUGCCUCUGCACCAGAGGGUACGAGGGCAUCCACUGCGAACUGGACGCGGACGAGUGCCGAGCCCAGCCCUGUACAAACGGCGGCUCCUGCAGGGACCUCCCCGGGGCCUUCCUCUGCCAGUGCCCGGCAGGCUUUACGGGAGUCCACUGUGAGACAGAGGUGGACGCCUGUGCCCCCAGCCCCUGCCAGCACGGAGGGCGCUGUGAGAACGGCGCUGGGGCCUACCUGUGCGUCUGCCCCGAAGGCUUCUUCGGCUACCACUGCGAGACAGCGAGUGACCCCUGCUUCUCCAGCCCCUGCGGGGGCCGCGGCUACUGCCUGGCCAGCAACAGGUCCUACAGCUGCACCUGCAAAGUGGGCUACACGGGCCAGGACUGCGCCAAGGAGCUGUUCCCACCGACGGCCCUCAAGGUAGACAGAGUAGAAGAGAGUGGGGUCUCCAUUUCCUGGAGCCCCCCCGAGGGCUCAGCCGCCAGGCAGAUGCUGGACGGCUACGCGGUCACCUACGCCCUGGCCGACGGCUCCUCCCGCCGCACGGACUUCGUGGACAGGCGCCGCUCCUCACACCAGCUCCGGGCCCUGGCCGCGGGCCGAGCCUACAACAUCUCCGUCUUCUCAGUCAAGCGAAACACCAACAACAAGAACGACAUCAGCCGGCCCGCCGUGCUGCUGGCCCGCACGCGACCCCGCCCUGUCGAGGGCCUCGAGGUCACCAACGUGACGGCCAGUGCCAUCUCAGUGCGCUGGGCGCUGCCCCCGGUGCAUCACGCCAGCGUCAGCAGGGUACGAGUGUCCAUCCAGCACCCCGGGGCCUCUGAGGCGCAGGCCACUGAGGUGGACAGGAGCGUGGACAGGCUCACAUUCGGGGCUCUGCUGCCCGGGAGGAGAUACACUGUCCAGGUGACCGCUCUCAGUGGGCCCAGCGGAGAGGAGCCCCCCACCGAGAGCCUGGCCUCGGCACCGGUGCACGUGUGGACCCGGCCCCUGCCUCCAGCAAACCUGACCGCCUCCCGGGUCACGGCCACCUCCGCCCACCUGGUCUGGGACGCCCACACGGCAGGCGCCUCGCUGGAGGCCUACGUCAUCAACGUGACCACCAGCCAGAGCACCAAGAGCCGCUACGUCCCCAGCGGGAAGCUGACGUCGUACACGGUGCGGGACCUCCUGCCCGGGCGGCGGCACCAGCUCUCCGUGACGGCCGUGCAGAGCUCAGAGCAGGGCCCGCUGCACAGCGACCCUGCGCACCUCUACAUCGUCACCUCGCCCAGGGAUGGCCCCGACAGACGCUGGCCCCAGGGAGGACACCACCCACGGGUGCUCAGAAACAGGCCACCCCCCCUGCAGCUGUCGGAGCUACGGCUACUCAGUGACCACGGCGCCCUCAAGACGCCCACCCAGCCCCCCAGGUUCUCGGAGCUCGUGGACGGCAGAGGACGAGUGAGCGCCAGGUUCGGGGGCUCGCCCAGCAGACCUGUCCCCGAGAAACCUGAACCCAGCACCCCGGCGCCACUCGCGAGCACAGAGGAGGCCUUGGAGCAGGUCCGCCUGGCCCUCCAGCUCCCCGAGACCAGCAGCAAGGAUGCCGAGAACGCCCCCAAGAACUGCUCAGAAAACCCUUGUCACAACGGAGGGACCUGCGUGCCAGGUGCUGAGGCCCACGGCUGCGACUGCGGACCAGGGUUCAAAGGCAGGCGCUGUGAGCUCGCCUGUAGGAAGGUGCCUCGCCCAUGCACCCGGCUCUUCUCCGAGACCAAGUCGGUUCCGGUCUGGGAGGGGGGUGUCUGCCACCACGUGUAUAAGAGAAUCUACAGAGUGCGCCACGACGUCUGCUUCAGAGAGAGCUGCGAGAGCACCAGCCUCAAGAAACCCCACACAGGAAACAAAGUAACAGUCAAACACUGAAGAAAUCUUAAGGACUCGGAUGUUCUCGUCGCUCCACCAACCUCCAGGUUUCUAAAGCCCAGGAAGACGGGGUCUAAAAACUGGAUCAAAAAGACGCCCUUGCGACAAGGCCCAGCUGGAGUGAGUUCCCUGGGAGGCCCCUCCUUGCGAUCUCAGGACGACGGCCAGGCUCGCAGCUGCACAGCGCACCCUGGGGACUCCUGCAGGCCCGGCCGUCCCCAAGUCCCGUGAUGCGCAGGAUGCAGCUCUGGCUCUCCGGGGCGCGGUGUGCGCCCGUGAGCGUCCGGCGGGUCAGCGAGCCUGCCGGCUGACUGGCGCUGCUCAGAUUCCAGCACAGAGGCCCCACGCUCCGAGACCCAACCACCCAGAUCCCAAGCAGGACUGCAGGGGUGGGAGGGGCAGAGAGACAGCCUCACCCGCCACGUUCCCCUCUACGACCGACGCUGACUACUCUACAGGCCUGCACCGGCCAUGCAGACCGCAACACUGCCGAAGUGGAAAUGGAGAAGUAGACAUCUUAGCAUCUUCUCUGUGGAGGGCUGGCCGUCUGCAGACCAGAUGGUCUCUGUGUAAUGGCCCAACUCUGCUUCCGUGGCGUGGACACGGCCAAGGACGAGCCCGCACACGUGUGGCCAUGACCCAGUGACACUCUGGGCCACUACUAGUGAGGCUUUGCUCUCCGAGAACCCCAGCUUCAGCCUCACACAGAGGAAGCUGCGUGAGGACAAGUCUCCAAGGACCAAAGACCCCUGGGUUUCACAGAAAAACGCCAUCGAGACCCCUGCUUAGACAGCGGAGGCCACAAGGCAGCAAGGGCUCCGCCGCCCAAGGCGAACAUGGCAGAGGCGAGCACGUGGGUCACGGGCAGGUCCUGCAGCCCGCGGCUCAGGCACUGCUCCAGCUCCUCCCGAGACCUGCACCUGUCAUGGCACCUGCAAUCCAGCCCUGGCCCUGCGCAGCCCCAGCUUCUCCCCACACAGGUGACAAGCAGGGGACUCAGACCCUGCGUGCCCCCGAGCCUGCUCAGGGUCACUCCUGGCCCGAGAGGGGCCUCCCCCUCUGCUCCUAUACCAGCACUUACUGAAGAGCUAGAGUAUAUUUUAGACUAUUUUUAUUAAAAUUCUGUGUGCGUACGUCUGUGUAUUAUGCAAUUUGCCAUCUUCAGAGAGAACAUCACUUCCAGCCGGCUGUGCCCCAGGGGCUCCCAGGCUGCAGGGUCUCACACGCAGGGUGAGCAGAGUGCUGUGCCGACUCGGCCGUGGCUCCAGGAACUGUCGCCGUGUGUCUGAGCCGCCGCACUCACGCGCCCACCACGAGACCAGAGCCGUCACUGGGUGUGCACAGUGGACUUCCCACUACCACAUGGAUGGCCACCGGCCGACGCUGACAGGUCCCCCUGGAGCUUAGAGGCCUCUGUCCCAACGAGAGAUGAUCUGCCAAGUCCUCGGCAUGGCGCCGGGUGGCCCUGUGUCCUCAGGUCUCCUCCAAGUAGGUAUCAGAAAGGGGACCUGCGACACGAGGGGAUCCAGCCCCUCUGCAGGCCUGCAGUCUUCCUCACUACUCAAACCCCCAGGGAGAUUCCGCGCAAGCAGACGCUGCAGCAGAACAGCCGUGUCCAUGUCACGCGUCGCUGACCACAGCUGGAGUGAACCAAGACCUCGUCGAGCAGUCCCAGGAGCCGACUCUGUCCCGGCUGGGCACAGGCAGGGCUCCCGGAGCCUGCAGGAAGCGAUGCUCCCAUGCAGACAACACCGGCACCAACUGCGUUGUCUUCGCUUUCGGCUUUGCCCACGGCCAGGAAAAAUAAAGACCUCCCUCUCCUCCAUGGCACAUGGCCCUGUCCUGGGUCAGCCAACUUCCUGCACCUUCCCUUAGCACCAGCGCCUCCCGCUGGCAAGCUCCUGCCACUGAUGUCAGCUCUGGGGAGGGCUUUCCUUAGCAGCCACUUGGUGCCUUCACAAGACCCUGCACCCUGGUGCUGGUGCCCGCAUCAGACUCCAGCUCAGCCCUCCUGAGUCUCCCAGGGCACAGGGAAGAAGCCUCCUGAACACACAGCUGCUCUGACACUGUCACAUUCGUGGCCGACUAAGCCUGAGAGCACUUGGCUGGGCCCUCCCCACAGCCCUGACUACUCACUAGACAGGAGCAGCCUGCCCGCUCCGCCCAGGCUCAUGACAACCAGAUGCCCGACUAUCCAGGUGAAGCAGAGCCACGCCUGCUCCACGCACUUGCCAAGAUGCUGCAGGACGCUUCUGCAGCCUCCUCCGGGGCAGCACCCAGGGCGAGGGGGCCAGCACGUUCGUCCUCCGGGACUCACACCAUCAGAGCCCCAGCCAGGCCUCUCCCUCCUCCUUCCCCGUUCCCCACACUGUCCACUGCUCCUUCCACCUGCUGGGUUCCCUAAGGUGAGGCCCACACCAGGGGUGCCGUGCAGUGCUCCCUGGAACAAAACCAGGACCGGCCCUGUAGCCCGAUUCCUGCUCCUCAGAGCCUUUCCCUAACACAGCUGGGGAGCGCACGCGCGGACAGCUCCCCAGGCCACACGCUCUAGACGCCUCGGGCCUGGAGGGGACCCCUGGCCAGGAGUUGGCACCAUUCAGCUUCAGCAGGGAGGGCCUGUUCCUCACCAGAACAAAGCAAAGUGCCGGACUGUGCCUGCCAAGUCCACCUGCACUCCAGGCUGACCUCUGACCUCACACUCUGGCACACCCAUCACCACCUGGAGCAGUAAGAUACCUCUGGAUUAAAAUCUCGAGUAUUUCAGAGGAAAAACCUGCUACUUUUUUCAUGAAAUAAAGUGCUGUGAUGCACUAACCCUCA